UCUGUUUUCGUUUUAGCGUGUCAAACAAGCAUAAAAUAAAUGUUAUAAAUAAAAAAUUGUAUUAUAAAAGUUAUUUACGCAAAUAAUUCACGCUAAAUUGUACAAUAUCGCAUUUUUAAAUUUAUCCAAGUCAAUAUGGCAGAUGUUUUAGACAUUGAAAAUUCAGAAGAAUUCGAAGUCGAUGAAGAUGAGGGAAUCGCACGAUUAAAGGAAAAGGCGCGAAAACGUAAAGGUCGUGGUUUCGGUGCUGAAUCUGGUGGCAACGGCGGCUCUGAAAGAGGCAAUAGAGGAAGAUAUGACAGUCUUGCUCCAGAGGGUGAUGGUAACACACCAGGACCACAGAGGUCUGUGGAGGGUUGGAUCCUAUUUGUAAGCAAUGUACAUGAGGAAGCCCAGGAAGAAGAUAUACAGAACCAGUUCUCAGAAUUUGGAGAAAUCAAAAACAUUCAUUUGAAUCUUGAUCGGCGCACUGGCUUUCUUAAGGGUUAUGCCUUAGUUGAAUAUGAAACAUACAAACAGGCAGCUAGUGCACGCGAGGCUCUCGAUGGAGCUGAUAUUCUCGGCCAAGCGAUAUCAGUAGACUGGUGCUUUGUAAAGGGGCCCACUAAAACUCACAAGAAACGACGAUAGUCAAUAUUAUAUUUUAACUCUUAUUAUGUAUCGCACUUUAAAAUAUAUAUCUGGACGUAUCAUAUUAAAUGUAAAUAGUCUCAAUAUCUUGUUACUAUUAAUAUAUGAAUGAAUCAACAUAAAUUAACAUAAAAUUUAACACAAAAUUUAACACUGGAGAAAAGAUAUUUAUGAAAUAGUAAGUUGUCAAAAAAAUAGAUUUUUUUUUGUUAAGAUUGUUUUUCCUCAAUACUUUUAUAUUUUAAAUAAAGUUAAUAAAAGAUUAUGUUCUUACUGUAACUUAUUUUGACUUGAUUAUGCAAAACAUUUUAUAAUUUUUUCAAACUAUUGACUUUUGUGAUGCUUAUGAACAAAUUACAUCUUUUUUUUAUAUUGUUUACUGGUCAUAGUCAAGUUAAGACUUUAUUUUUAAAUUACGUUACUUUUUCUGUGCACUCUCAGACAAAACAUCGAUUAAAUAUAAAUACUGGAUUUUAUAAGUCAUGAAACAGUGAUAAAGAAUAUAUUUAAGUAGUUUAUUAAGAAAAUUAGUAAGUGUUUAAAGUGCGAUUGAAAAAAACUUUUCUAACAUUUUCUAUUAGGAAAAGCAUGUGUUAAAGUGUGUGUUUAAAGUGCGGUGCAUAGUUAAUUCAUU